CCCUCACACACACCCACCAUCUUUCUUCUUCCUAUUCUUCUUCUUCUUCCUCCCAUCUAUUCCCUCUCUCUCUAUCGGCUGCUGCCACCACCGUCGUCGCAGCUGUCCUGCCGACUCGCCACGCCCUCCGCCUCUCAUCACUGCUACAGCCCUCCCGUCGUCGCGCCCUUCGCCUCCCAGCACUGUCACGUCCCUCGCCCCGCAGCCAUCGCGGCCUCCUCCUCCCACCACCGUCGUCGCAACCCUCCCGCCGCCCUCUGUCUCCCACCACCACCGUCGCCACGAGGUUGCCGGAGGGAGUCUGCCGGAGAGAAUUCGUCGGAGAAAAAGUCUGUCCAUCGAAGCGGAGUGGCCGCAGGAGAAAGGAAGAGAGAGAUAGAUAGAGAUAUUAAUGCAUAUGAUUUAAAUUUAAAAAAAAUUAUAUUUAAUAUGAGUUUUUAAUUCCCAAUCUGAUUAAUACAAAAAAG